ACUUUGACCUCAUCGUUAAUCUGCGUGAUAGUUAAUCACGCAGCACCUCCAGUGAUUUUUCUGCUUCCUUCAAACACACACACGCACGGGCACACGCACACUCGAACACACACACACACACACACCAAACCCACACAUACUGAGAGCCCAGUCUCCCCUGAAAGAAAAAAAAAAAAAAGAAAGAAAGGAAAGGAAAGCAAGCGCGCAAAUAAAUAAACAAACCUAAGAGAAUGGACCUUGGCUAGCUAGCGUGAGAGUAAGGGGCACGAGUGUGCCCGCCUUUCCCUUUCUCUUAUUUGUCUCCAUGGGCAUCUCUCCCGGUACCCUCCCCCUGCCUCAAUUAUAUUAUUCCCCAAGACUUGCAAGCUGCUGCUUGAGCUGACGCUUUGAUGGUAUCUGCAAGCGUUUAUACUGAUCUUAUUCCUGAAUAUUAAUUCCCCAAGCUGGUAACAUUACAGUCCCCCUGUCUGUGAGGGGACCUACAAGAGGCAGAAAAUGACGGUGUGGAUUCUGCUUCUGCUGGCGCUCUACCCCGGCUUCACUAGCCAGAAGUCUGAUGAUGACUAUGAAGAUUAUGCUUCUAAUAAAACAUGGGUCUUGACUCCUAAAGUUCCAGAGGGGGAUGUCACUGUCAUUUUAAACAACCUGCUGGAAGGAUAUGACAAUAAACUUCGACCUGACAUAGGAGUGAAACCAACACUUAUUCACACAGAUAUGUAUGUUAACAGCAUUGGUCCUGUGAAUGCUAUCAAUAUGGAGUAUACAAUUGAUAUAUUUUUUGCCCAAACAUGGUAUGACAGGCGUCUGAAGUUCAACAGCACCAUUAAAGUCCUCCGACUAAACAGCAACAUGGUGGGGAAGAUCUGGAUCCCAGACACUUUCUUCAGAAAUUCCAAAAAAGCUGAUGCUCACUGGAUCACCACUCCAAACAGGAUGCUCAGAAUUUGGAAUGAUGGUCGUGUGCUCUACACCCUCAGGCUGACUAUUGAUGCUGAGUGCCAGCUGCAGUUGCAUAACUUCCCCAUGGAUGAACACUCCUGUCCCCUGGAGUUCUCCAGCUAUGGCUAUCCACGUGAAGAAAUCAUUUACCAGUGGAAGCGCAGUUCUGUUGAAGUGGGUGACACACGAUCAUGGAGGCUUUAUCAAUUUUCAUUUGUUGGACUGAGAAAUACCACUGAAGUAAUAAAGACAACUUCUGGGGACUAUGUUGUCAUGUCUGUCUACUUUGACCUGAGCAGGAGAAUGGGAUACUUCACCAUCCAGACUUACAUCCCCUGUACACUCAUCGUGGUCCUCUCAUGGGUGUCUUUCUGGAUCAAUAAGGACGCUGUUCCAGCCAGAACAUCUUUAGGUAUCACCACUGUCCUGACAAUGACCACCCUCAGCACCAUUGCCCGGAAGUCUCUCCCCAAGGUCUCUUACGUCACAGCGAUGGAUCUCUUUGUAUCAGUCUGCUUCAUCUUUGUCUUCUCUGCAUUGGUGGAGUAUGGCACGCUGCACUACUUUGUCAGCAAUCGGAAACCAAGCAAGGAUAAAGACAAAAAGAAGAAAAACCCUCUUCUCCGGAUGUUUUCCUUCAAGGCUCCUACCAUUGAUAUUCGCCCAAGAUCAGCAACCAUCCAAAUGAACAAUGCCACACACCUGCAAGAGAGAGAUGAGGAAUAUGGAUAUGAGUGUCUGGAUGGCAAAGACUGUGCCAGUUUCUUCUGCUGCUUUGAGGACUGCCGGACAGGAGCCUGGAGACAUGGGCGGAUACACAUCCGCAUUGCAAAGAUGGACUCCUAUGCUCGGAUCUUCUUUCCCACGGCUUUCUGCUUGUUCAAUCUGGUUUACUGGGUCUCCUAUCUUUACCUGUGAAGAGAAGUGUGGGUUUAACUGGCUGGGGUCUUACUCACUGAAUCUCAUGGAAAGAAUAUAUCCUAAGUCCACUGAAAUCAUCCCCAAUGUGGUCAGUAGUAAUCUGACUUUGUUUCUAUAAUGUCAUAUUGUUUGUGCCCAACUCUCCUUUGGAAAAUGUAAUUUGCACUUUUAUGUGUUCUGUCUUUCGAACCUGCAAGGCAAAGUAAAAUUAGAGCAGGAACUGUGAUAUCAAGAAUAACAUCUCCCAGCUGCAGAAACUAGACUAGUAAAAGCCUUGAGUGUUUAUAUCAGUGAGAUCUUACUUGAUUCAUGAUACAGUUUGGUACAAAAGUUGUGAAGCUCUAUUCUCUAUUCACUUGGGUUCAAGUUGUGGUAAAUUUGAAGACAAUAGAAUACCUCCCUCAUUUGUGAAGAGUCACAACUCACCUUGAAUAUAAAAACUUAGAUUAGAAAUCUACCAUACCUUUAUCCUAAGGUAGGAAGAAAAUUUCCUGCACAUCACAUGUACAAUGAUGUAAAUGUUUCAGUAAUGUAGAAUGCUUCAAGUUUAAUGCAUGCAUCUCUUUAGAGCCAAAAUAAAUGGAUUGAAGUUAUCCUUAUAAAAAUACUGUCUUUAUUUUGUGUCUUUGGGCUAUAAAAUAAUACAUGAAUGUCUUUAAAGGAUUUGGGGUUUGGAAUUUGAGGGAUAAGGUUUCAGUCCCUUCUCCCUCAUGCAUGAAGAUUCAGUCUUUUAUCUUGUAUGACAUAUUAAAGCACUUUGAGUAUAGACUGAAUUAACUGAUAUUUGUCAACUCAAAACGUGCCCAAUUUCAUAAGUAGAGUGCACAGUAAUUACAUAUGCUUGCUGCUACUUCCCUUCCUUUUAUGAUGAUAGUUCUUAGCAGAACUUACUCCCCAUCUCAAGAUCUGCUUCUAGCAACUGUGAGUGCCUUGUGGGCAGAGUCCUUGUUAUUUCUUCUUUGGGUCUUCAUCCCCUUACAUGGUUCCAGGCACCUAGUCAUUGCUCAGUCCAUAUGGAUUGAAGUCAAUUGCCCUCUUGUGUUAUGGUGAAUUUCACUGAAAGAAAAAAAAAAAAAAAAGAGUGGCUCAUAAUUUUACAUCUACAUUGUAAA